AUGGACAGGAAAGCUAAAUCAGCGCACUCAGCAGGACAGAAGAUCAUUUCGACUAACAACAACGCUGUACUAGCGAAUAGAAACUCUGAGAACUCGCUGAAUCCUGCUGCCACAGAUUCUUUCAAACAGCUGGAGAACCAGAAACCCGGGACCAGUAAUUCAAAGCACGCUCAAAAGGAAGGAAAGGCUCAGUUGAUAUGCUCGGAAGGACAGACUACAGUGAACUCAUCAACUUCCUUGAGGUUCAACAAUUCCGGACCAGCCAACAUAAACACGACGAACUCAUCGACUGUUGCGAAAGAUUCCGUCAUACACGAUGAGCCUCAGAUUGAUAUAGAAGUCGAUACCAGUCAACACCAGGUUGGUAAUGUUGUCAUGGACAUUUUGCUAGAUUGGACCGAAUUCGACGCCGAAAACAACAACGAUGCCGUGGACGACAAUGCCUCAUACGAACCACCGAAAAAAGAUGGAAAAACCUACUCCCGAAGUGGAUGUCAAAGUGCAACAAAACACCGGCUGUAUCCUAUUCCUCAACAGAUUGAUCUGGUGAACUCGAAUUUAUGCGUGUGUGGACAUCAAGAAAAAAUCGAUGAACUGACCAAGCGCAAUGAGGAACAAGCUGCGCAAAUUGAAAAGUGGAAAUUAAAAAGUGAAGAAACCAGCCGACGUUGUCUCAGGUUGACAGACGCACUCAAUGCCAAAAUUCUCGGAAAUCCCCAUGAAGACGUUUUUACUGUUAUCGAAGGAUUUGUUACCAAAGACAAGUUGAAGAAAUUUUCUGAAGUUGGUCAAAAUAGUGACUACAUUUUUGUGAAGUUGCUGAUGCAUGAUCUAUGGCCAUCGGGAUUCGGUAACAGAUCGGUAACAGGACGAUCAUCGAACAACCCACGUGGACGAAACGGAACUGAAGGUACUGGAUCGACUGAUCAAAGCGUAGCAGCUACGCCCAAGAUACCCUUGGAGCCAAAUAAAGUGUCCUACAUUGAAGACCGUCUAGAAGAACAUCGCUUAUACCAAGGAGACUCAGCAGCUGUAGCGAGGAUGAAGGCGAAGGAAUGUGGCCGGCUGAUGACACGGGUCAUCGCUUAUUAUGGAAAGAAGGAUGGAAUCUGUGCUGAUUGAGUCGGAUGGUACGAAAUUUUUUUUUAAACUUGACAUGAAUUUCAAAGAAAAAGUUAGUAAGCUGUUUUAUAACAUUCAGUUGGUAUGUUUCUACUUACAAUUAUCAUUAGUU